AUGCUUUCUGGAGAGGCUGGCAUCUGGUGGCAAGGUGCUUUACAAAGAAUGAUAGCUGUAGGUACCCAAGUGAACUGGGAGAAUUUCAAGCGCCUGUUCUUGGAGAAAUACUUUUCCCGAGAUGUGAGACAUAAGAAACAGGUGGAAUUCCUUGAAUUGAAGCAAGGAGAGGCUUCUGUGGCUGAGUAUGUGACUAAGUUUGAAGACUUGGUCAGAUUUUGUCCUAUGUAUGAUGGUGUGGGCAAUGAGGAGGAAAAAUGUGUGAAGUUUGUGAGUGGUCUUCGCCCUGAGAUUAAACAAGUUUUCAAUUAUCAAGGGAUCACUCACUAUCAUGAAUUGGUAAACAAGUGUCGAGUAUAUGAUGAGGACAACCGUGCUAGGGUAACUCAUUAUAAGAGUGGAGGCCCCAUGAGGAAUAAUAAGUUUGGUUCAUCUAGUAAGAGUAAACCUUACACCAAGUCUGUUGGGGACUCAAGUUCUAAGGUGAAUAAUCAAGGUUCUGUGCAAGAAAGGAGCCAAGCUAGCCAAAUUUCUAGAGGAGGGAGUUUGGGUUCUGUUCCACACAACAACUGCUACAAUUUUGGGAAGCCAGGUCAUAGGGCAUAUGAGUGUUUAUUGCCCAGAGUAAUAACAUGCUUCAAUUGUCAAGAGAAGGGACACAGAGCUCGUGAUUGCCCCAAGAACAAGACAACAGAGGUUGGAGGGAGUGCUAGCAAACCUAGAGCGACAAGAAGGGUGUUUGCCUUAAGUGGUGUUGAAGCUUCACAAUCCAAAGACUUAAUCCAGGGGAAAAAUAAUACUUUGAUUGACCCAUCUCAUAUUGUUGAAUCCGACAACAUUCAGUUAAAGGAUAACCUCACCUAUGAAACUAUAUCUUUGAGGAUUGAGGAUAAGAGGGUAAAGCAACUAAGAGGUCCUAAUAUAGCAUUCUCUCCAGGCUCUACCCAUCAUAGGGGUGUCCUACAUCUUCUACCAUACAAAGCCUCAUAA